CAUGCUCCUCGUUCCGCAAGCACCAGCAAGUCUCUUUCUGCGCAGCCGCUUGCGCCUCACAGUCUGGUCGUGUCUCGUCGCCUCCGCCAGGCACUCCUCGUCGCGGCACACCAUGGCAGCCUCUGCGCCUCCCGCACGACCUCCGGCGCACUACCGCGUCCUUCCCGUUGCGCGCGAGCAGAUUCUGCUGCAGCUGACCGUGUCGAACCGCUGUGGACAGGCGUUUCGAUGGCGCGCAAACGAGGUGUGGGAGUACAUUGGCGAUGAGGAGCUCGGACCGCCGCUGAAGAGCGAGCCGGAGACGCCCGUCAAGCGGGAGCCGGACGCCGAGACGGCGCACGUCAAGAGCGAGACGGACGGCAGCGCGGCGCACGUCAAGGCCGAGAACGGCAGCGCACACGCAUCGACCAGUCUGAAAGGCUGGGAGCAGCAGACGGAGUGGUCUCUCUGCCUCUCGGACCGCGUCGUGCUGCUGCGCCAAGACGAAGCGCGCGGCUAUCUCUACUUCCGCACCCUCCUGCCCUCCGGCACCGACACAGCCGACGUCGAGCUAGUCGAAUCGCAGACACGCUCGUGGCUGCACGACUAUCUCAACCUCUCUGUCCCGCUCGAAGCGCUCUACAAGGAGUGGUCCCUCAAGGACCCCGUCUUUCGACGCUUCGCCACGCGCUUCGCGGGCGUGAGGAUGCUGCAGCAAGAGCCGUGGGAAUGUCUCUGUGCCUUCAUCUGCUCGAGCAACAACAACAUCGCUCGCAUCGGACAGAUGGUCCAAGCGCUUUGCACGCACUACUCGGAGCCGCUGCUCGAGUACAGCUACCCUGCGCCGCCGGAUGCGCUGCUGGCUGCAAGCCCAGAUCUGAAGUCCGGCCCCACGAGAAUCGUCUAUCAUCCGUUUCCCUCGGCAGCUACACUCGCUCAGCCAGGCGUGGAGGAGACGCUGAAGCAACUCUCGUUUGGCUAUCGCGCCAAGUACAUCGCUGCUACUGCUCGUGCACUCUGCGAGGCGCAUCCACACGCUCAACGACAAGUGUCUCCGCCGCUAGCUCUCAAGCCAGAACCCGCACUGCUCGAAGCAGAGGCUGAGCCACGACGCGGCAAGCGGGCACGUCAGGAGGCGAAGCUGUCAAGCGCGGAGAUGAAGGACAACAAGACGUCGCAAGAGACGAAGGCAGAACCUGAGGCACCACCACCAAGCAUCCAUUCGCCCGCGUCAUACCUCCUCACGCUGCGCGACAUGCCGUAUCAUGAGGCGCGUGCAGAGCUGCUCAAGCUCUCGGGCGUUGGUCCCAAGGUCGCCGACUGCAUUCUCCUCAUGUCGCUCAAUCAACCCUCGAGCAUCCCCGUCGAUCGACACGUCUACCAAUUCGCAGCGCGCUGGUACGGCAUGAAAGUGAAAGAGGGCGCCCGGGGCUACGAGACUCUCGCAGAGCGCUUCCGCGAGCUGUGGGGCGAGUAUGCCGGCUGGGCACACUCUGUCCUCUUCACGGCCGACCUGCGCGCCUUUGCGGGAUACGAGCCAAAGAAGGAGGAGCCGCAGGAAGACGUGCAGACGAAGCUCGAAGAUGGAGCAGCUGUGAAGAUGGAGGCAGAGCCGGCGGGGGAAGAAGGUCCAGGCACGCCACUCUUGGCACCGCCUGCAGCGCCGGGAGCCCUGGCGCUCGGCACGAUGGAGCGGCCGCCGAAGCGCAAACGCGGCGGACGAUCGUAGACGUCCUGUCUCCGCACUCGCAAUCGCAUCAUACCCCAUCUCAUCCCCGCUCGUGCGUCUUG